AUGGCCCCUGCAACAAUUGACCCUGAGCCUCUUCCUUGGCAAUCGACCGUUCAGCGCAAGAAGCAGCAGCAAAGAGAUAUUUUAUCCAAGGUUUUGCUUGAAGUGAAGGAUAAGGCCUUGGACGCAGAUGGUCUCUUCGAUGCAAUUGAAGCUACUGAGCUUAUUGCACAGGGACAAUUGACUUGGCCGUACAAAUACACGAUCAGCUUGACAGAAGUCACCUUUGAAGAUGCUUUACAGCAAGCAAAGGAGCUUGAUCAUUACUUCGUGGACAACAAAAAGCCAAUAGGACCCCUGCAUGGCGUGGUAAUUACCCUCAAAGAUCAGUUCAACAUCAAGGGCUACGAUUCGACUUUAGGAUAUGUCGGUCGAUCGUUUCACCCUGCACAAGACGAUGCUGUGCUCGUCAAGAUGCUCAAGUCUUUAGGGGCCAUUGUGUUGGCAAAGUCGAACCUACCUCAAAGUAUUAUGUGGUGCGAGACGGAGAACCCUUUAUGGGGCUUGACGACAAACCCGACGCACAAAGACUACACACCAGGUGGUUCAACUGGAGGAGAGGCUGUUCUACUUGCUAGUGGCGCGUCUAUGCUGGGUUGGGGUACAGAUGUGGGAGGAAGCAUCCGUAUCCCAAGUCAUAUGAUGGGCAUAUAUGGGCUUAAGCCAAGCAGCGCACGACUCCCUUACGGGGGUGUUCCUGUCUCUACAGAAGGCCAGGAGCAUGUACCGUCAUCCAUUGGUCCUAUGGCUCGACACCUGGAUGUUAUUAAGCUUGCCAUGCGUAGUGUUAUCGAGUCGAAGCCUUGGGAGCACGAUGCACGAUGCGCUCCACUUCCUUGGCGAAACGAGAUGUUCCAGGAAAUGCAAAAUCGCCCGCUAGUCAUUGGUGUGUUGAUGGAUGAUGGUGUUGUCCGUCCACAUCCUCCGAUUACACGAGUCCUGAGGGAUGCAGUUGAAGCCCUUAAGCGCGAUGGUCAUGAGAUUAUAGAGUGGAAUACUGAUCUCCACCAACAGUGUAUCAGGACCAUGGAUCAAUUUUACACUGCCGACGGAGGUGAAGAUAUUCGUCAAGAUGUGUCGAAGGGCGGUGAACCGUUUAUUCCUCACGUAAAACGGCUUGUAAACCGCGGAAAGGCCAUUUCUGUUUAUGAGUACUGGGGACUCAACAAGAGAAAAUGGCAACUCCAACAGGCUUACCUGGAGAAGUGGAACUCAAUCCGAUCACCGACCACUGGAAGCAAAGCCGACAUUCUUUUGAUGCCACCUAUGCCUCACACCGCUGUCCGCCAUGGUGGUUGCGGUUGGGUUGGCUAUACAAAGGUGUGGAACGUGCUUGACUAUACCGCAAUGGUAAUUCCUGGAGGUGCAGUAAAGGGAAAAGACCUAGAUAUCUCGUUUUCAGACCCAGUCCGAGGUCCUGAAGACGAGUGGAACCAAGGCCUGUGGAGUAAGGACAAGGCCGAGAUGGCUUCGUUGAAGCUUCCUGUUGGACUACAGAUCGUGGGGCGGAAACUUGAGGAGGAGAAGGUUAUAGGAGCUGCUGAAGUUAUUGAUCGUGUUGUCAAGACGAUGCUAGAGGCAGGGCAACUAUAG